UAUUUUUGAUAUCAAGCUUGGCCAGUGAAAGACCCUUUGCAGAAACUGAUGUAACUCAUGUAAUAUCGGCUGAGCGCGAGUCGCCGCAGACCUCUCAGCUCGUGCUCAAACUUUUAUGCGCCCGGAGCGGAGAUGACAGCGCACGCACUUCUGGCGUCUGUGUCGCUUGUGUAUGAUCGCAGGAUAUUGUCGGGAAGUUGAAUGUGAAGAAGAAAAACUCGGAUAGAGACGAAGAGGGAGACUGGAGGCAGAAUGCGGCUGCUGCUCGUGGUGCUGAAACCGCUGUGUUUACUCGCGCUCUUCGGCUCGUGCCCGUCCGCGACCAUUGGGCCAAAGGAAGGAUGGCAGGUGUACAGUUCAGCACAGGAUGCUGAUGGUCGCUGCAUCUGUACGGUGGUGGCACCAGAACAGAGCCUGUGUUCCAGAGAUGCCAAAAGCAGACAGCUCCGCCAGUUAUUGGAGAAGAUUCAGAACAUGUCGCAAUCAAUAGAAGUUCUGAACCUGCGGACCCAAAGGGACUUCCAGUAUGUCAUGAAAAUGGAAAGCCAGAUAAAAGGACUCCGAUCAAAGAUCAGACAAAUCGAGUCAAACCGAAGAGCAUUAUUGACUAAAAACUUUCAGGAGCUGAAGGGUCGGAUGAAUGACCUUCAACCUCUGAUUCCAGUAUUGGAUCAGUAUAAGACGGACGCCACGCUAAUUUCCCAGUUCAAAGAGGAGAUCAGGAAUCUGUCUCUGGUGCUGACUGGCAUUCAGGAGGAGAUAGGAGCGUAUGAUUAUGAAGAACUUCAUCAGCAGUUUCUCGGCUUAGAGGGAAGACUGAGGAACUGCAUGAACAAACUCACCUGUGGUAAGCUGAUGAAAAUCACAGGGCCUAUUACCGUAAAGACGUCAGGUACAAGGUUUGGAGCGUGGAUGACAGACCCUCAGGCUUUACCUAACAACAACAAGGUUUGGUAUAUGGACAGCUAUACAAGCAACAAGAUUGUCCGUGAGUACAAAUCGAUUAGUGACUUCGUAUCUGGGGUUGAGUCCAGAACCUACAAUCUUCCUUUUCACUGGGCGGGCACUAACCACGUGGUUUACAAUGGUUCCCUUUACUACAACAAAUACCAGAGCAACAUUAUUGUCAGGUACAGCUUUGACAGUGGCCGGGUCAUGACCCAGCGAGCGCUAGAGUUUGCCGGCUUCCACAACGUCUACCCAUACACCUGGGGUGGAUUCUCUGACAUUGACCUGAUGGCCGAUGAGCUUGGCUUAUGGGCUAUUUAUGCCACCAAUCAGAAUGCAGGAAACAUAGUGAUCAGCCAAAUAGAUCCUCUGACCAUCCAAAUCCUGAACUCUUGGAACACUGAAUAUUCCAAACGCAAUGCGGGUGAAUCCUUCAUGAUCUGUGGAACGCUGUACAUCACCAAUUCCCAUCUGACCGGGGCUAAAGUAUACUACUCGUAUUCCACCAAAACCUCCACCUAUGAGUAUAUGGACAUCCCCAUCCAUAACCAGUACUUUCAUAUGUCCAUGCUGGAUUACAAUGCCAGGGAUCGGGCACUUUAUGGCUGGAAUAAUGGCCACCAGGUACUGUUCAAUGUCACGCUGUUUCACAUUAUUAAAACUGAUGAUGAAUCCUGAAGGAUUAGGUGAUAAAAGACCUUUCUGGAAAGUUUUCCUGGCAUUGUUUUUGAAAUGACACUGUUCUGUUUCUGUGUUCCUGCUGUGUAAUGGGAUGUAUACUGAAUAUUUUAAUCUAAAACUGAGUAUCAUAUUCCGGAGAUAAAGGUUAGAAUGCCUCUGGAGAUAUUAUUGUUUUACUUGAGUUCAAAGCAUUGCUUCAUUUGUGACCUAACCAUGAUCCAGUUUUAAACUGGACUCAAAACAAGGACAAUAAGGAUUCUUUCAUGUGCUAUUUAAAUGUUUUGUGAGUUGAGUGUGUAACGUUCCCUGCUUGACAAUGAUGUAGCUGUAAUACUUGAUCAACAAAGAAUGUAACAAACUUACACUGGAAACAUAACAUUAAGUACGGUCUGCAUUGAUCUAUCAGACUGUAUCGUUUAGUUUUAACAUGCAAAUGUUUUGAGUGAUUAAUAACAUAUUUUUUCUGAUAUAUAGUAUUUUUUAAAUUGUGUUUAAGGCAUAUUAAAUAUAUGAAUUAGGGCUGUCAAACGAUGAAUCACUUUUUUUUAAAUCGAGAAUAAAAGUUUGUGUUUGCAUACAAUAAUUUAUGUCUGAGUACUGUGUAUAUAAAUUUUGUAAACAUAUACACAUACAAUAUAUUUAGGUAAUAUUUACAUGUAUUUAUUUACUUAUAUUUACCAAUAAUUUAAAUUAUAUAUAAAUGUUUAUUAUUUUUUUCUUAAAUAUAAAUACAACAUUAACAUGCACAGUACACAGACAUAUAUUAUGUAAACAACAUUUUUAUUCUGGAUGCGAUUAAUCCCGAUUAAUAGUUUGACAGCUCUAAUAUGAAUGCUAAAUAGUCCAAAUAUUGCUAUAACUGAUUUGGCAAUAUGUAUAUAAAUUAAAUCUAAAUGCAUUUUAUGAAAAUAAAAAUAAUAUAAGUUGUAAUAGUAUUAAGUAAUUUAAAUGAAUGAAAAUUAUUAAAACACAAAUAAACUUUCCCAGUGAUAGAAUGCACAGUCAUGCAGUCCAAUCUGUGGUCUCUUUGAUCAAAAAUGCCACCCAGCUAUAUCUCUUUACCACAUUUUCUGGUUUUGUUCAUGCUUUAUAGUUUCUCCUUCAGAAAAAAAUCUUUCUAAAAAUUCUCUGAAGCCUUUGAGUCAAUACUUUUUCCGUUGUUUCCAGAUAAACACAUUCAUAUUUUCCUGCAUUAAUGAAUUACCUCCGAGCAUGCGGAUAGAAGACUAUUCAUUCAGUGACAAAAAAGAAAAUAUAACAAAGGCUGCCUGCAUUCUGUUUAUGCUCAUUCAUUCAAUCCCUUUUCAAUGGGGGAAAUUGAUGAUUCUGAAUAGUCACACAUUCACACAAAACAGCUAAUUAUGCUGCAGUUUUCAAAACACUUCUAAUUCAAAGUCAGUUCUUUGCCAGACAACGGUCUAUUAAUAUUUCUAACUGUCAAUAUAACAAAGUUUUUUAAAGUCAUUAUUCUGUCUUUAGCACGUCACGUUUCGCAUCACUUUUGGUGAUUCAGAAACAACCGAAAUGACAAAGCUGAAGUCUCCUGAAGUCAGUCAACAUCCCUGCUGGCUGCUGUGAAAUGUGCAAGUCUGCAGGAGAACAUAUACGUUUGUCAGAGAAUAAUAAUUUACAAUAUGCUAGAGUAAAACAAAUUAGAAAAGUGUUACAUCAUCAUCUUUUUUUACAUCAUCAGAAUUGUUAAUAACGGACUUCAUAUGUGAAUAACAUUCAAUCCAGUUGUGCUCUAAAAAUAUCCUAAAAAUGUAUGAAGCACAGCAGGAGAAAAACUAUUCAGCAUUUGCUUAGAAAUACAUUAAAACGUUUUGCAAUACUGUAUCUCUGAUUUAAUGGAAUUUUAACAUAUUCAUAUUUCAUAUAGCACUUUUGCUUCUUGCUUUUUUUAAUGUUCUUUUAUAAUUGUACUUGUACUUAAUAUAAAGCAAAUGUCCUGGCCACCAUUUGCUUAUUCGGUUCUUUUCACACGUCAAAUUAAAGAUGUGUCUACUCUGAAUCAUCUCAUUAUAGAAAAGAAUGAAGGAGGGUGUCCUUGUAAUUUGUCAUCUGUGACCUGGGUCUGGUUAGCCUGAUGCUCCGGGGUGUCACACUGUUGACUAGGAUGCCCACUGCUGCACGUUUGACUGACAGAUCCUGGGCAGAUGAAUUGGACAGACUGUCACCCCAUAUCAAGGCUAAGGCAGGUGCUGACUGAUACAGGCCAAGCACAGCAUAUGAGGCCAACAGUAAAAUUAACUUUUCACCACCCCUCUUAGCAGGCAGCCAUAUAUUCAGACUUUGAAGAAGAGAACUGAGUCAAAACGAUAGAGAGAAAUGCAGUCAAAAUGAGCAAAUGUGAAUAAAUGGAUUUUCUGUGACCCAGCAUCAGGACUGUUGGUGUUUCAUGCAUCUCAGUCCGCUUUGGUUGUCUGGUGUCAGUGUGAAUGGGUUUGAAUACAUUGCACACGCUGAAUGAUACCGUUUCACACCGCUCAAAAUGUGCACUUAUUAGCUUUGACCUGCAUUUGAAUGAAUAUCCACUGAAGUCUGAAAUACAAUGACAAAUGUUUUACUGUCUCUUGAUGGUUUAUUACAGGUUUUGAAUUUUCACUGCAUGUUUUUAUGAGCGCUUUGAGACUUUUUGUACAUCACUCUGAAACACUUGAUUCUGAUUGGUCAAACAUUCUGUGGUACUGCAUAUGCUGUAGUGAGAUCGUUGUGCUAAUGUCCUGUAUCAUUUUGAAACUAAAUAAUGUUAAUUUGUUUAUUUACUUAGUGACAAUUUAUUUAAGUGUUAUUGGGUCAGUUUUUAAGUAGCUGUGUAAUGCACUCAGCUCCAAAAUCCAGUUAUUUUUAACACAGCGUUGGGUCAAAGAUGGGACAAGCCCAACUGUUAAUAAAAUAAGUUUCUUGAUUUAAUCCAAUGUCUGGGUUUGUCCCUUUUGACCCAAAGCUGAGCUGAAAAUAACCUAACAUAAGCAUUACAUACAUGACAAUUUAAAGAACCCUUUACAUAAUUUAGCAUUUUCUGUGCAUAUAUCAAUAUAUUUCUAGGUAAUGUAGACAUAUUUAUAUGUGUUGUAGUUUCAUAUACUAAGGAUGGUGUGACUUUUU